UCAUUCAAUGCCAGAAUUAAAGGAGAAGCUCCACUUUCCUGCAAAAUUAGGUGAGGAUAAGUUUUGCCUUAGCUAGAAGGAGAAGGAGAGGGAGAGAGAGGGACAAAGACUUCUAACGAAGAAAGUUCAAAAGUAAAAAAAAGGUUUGUGGGUGGCAAAUUAUCUGAAAGUUACACUUCAACCGCAGCCAUUUUUUCUUUGGCAUAGCUUGUGGGUUUUAGAUUUCUUGUCUCCCGGUGAAAGAGUCAAGGAAAGGGUGGCAUUGAAACAGCGCAAUAAAUCAAGGGUGUUCGUUACGUGGGCUCCUCAGAUCAAAUGGAGAUAUCAACGGCUUUGAUGAUCUUAUCAGCAAUUGCUGCCUAUUUCUUGUGGUUCAGAUUCAUCUCAAGGUCAUUGAGCGGUCCGCGUGUCUGGCCUCUAUUGGGUAGCUUGCCCGCUCUCAUCCAGCACUCUAAUCGCAUGCACGACUGGAUCGCCGACAAUCUUCGCACAUGCGGCGGCACGUACCAGACAUGUAUUUGUGCCCUUCCAUCUCUGGCUCGGAAACAGGGGCUUGUGACGGUCACGUGCGAUCCAAAGAACGUGGAGCACAUUUUGAAGGCUCGGUUCGAUAAUUACCCCAAGGGUCCCGGUUGGCAGGCGGCGUUCCAUGAUUUGCUGGGAGAGGGCAUCUUCAACUCCGAUGGGGACACGUGGCUAUUCCAGCGUAAGACUGCCGCACUUGAAUUCACCACCCGGACACUGCGCCAAGCCAUGGCUCGGUGGGUGAGCCGGGCUAUUAAGUUCAGGUUCUGCCCGAUUCUUGAGACGGCUCAAUCGCAAGGAAAGUCGAUUGAUUUUCAAGAUCUUCUACUUCGGCUCACUUUUGAUAACAUCUGCGGCUUGGCUUUUGGUAAGGACCCACAAACUCUAUCUCCUGGAUUACCCGAGAAUGGCUUCGCUUUGGCUUUCGACCAGGCCACCGAAGCCACGCUGCAACGCUUUAUUUUGCCCGAAAUUGUAUGGAAGCUGAGGAAGUGGCUCCGGCUCGGAAUGGAAGUCAGCUUGGGCCAAAGCUUGGAACACAUCGAUAAAUACUUAACGGACAUCAUCAAUACACGUAAACUCGAGCUACGAAGCCAACAGCAAGGUGGCGCUGGGACCGCACACGACGACCUGCUAUCAAGGUUCAUGAAGAAAAAAGAGUCCUACUCGAACGAAUUUCUCCAACAUGUGGCACUCAAUUUCAUCCUAGCUGGACGGGACACGUCAUCAGUCGCGCUAAGCUGGUUCUUUUGGUUGGUCAGUCAAAACCCAAGAGUGGAAGAGAAAAUCCUCAUCGAAAUCUGCACCGUCCUAAUGGAGACACGAGGCAAUGACCCUACCAAAUGGGUGGAAGAACCCUUAGUGUUUGAAGAAGUUGACCGAUUGAUAUACCUCAAGGCAGCAUUGUCGGAGACCCUAAGGCUUUACCCAUCAGUGCCACAAGACUCAAAGCACGUAGUUGCCGAUGACAUUUUGCCAAGUGGGGCUUUUGUGCCUGCAGGCUCAUCCAUCACCUAUUCCAUAUAUGCAAUUGGACGGAUGGAGUACAUUUGGGGUCAAGAUUGCCUAGAAUUCAAGCCAGAGAGAUGGCUGUCCCAAGACGGCAAAAAACUUGAGGCACAAGAUUCAUACAAAUUCGUCGCGUUUAAUGGAGGUCCAAGAAUUUGUUUAGGGAAAGACUUGGCUUACUUGCAAAUGAAGUCGAUAGCCGCCGCGGUUCUACUGCGGCAUAGGCUGUCAGUGGUCCCAGGCCACCGUGUGGAGCAGAAGAUGUCCUUGACAUUGUUCAUGAAGUAUGGGCUAAAGGUUAACGUCCACCCUAGGAACUUAAAGCCUGUAUUGGACACGAUUUGCAUUGGUGACACGUGCGGUAGGAAUGCUCCAGCUCUAAGUAUUAAUGGGCACUGUGAUGGGGUGGAAAUGGUUGAUGGGAUAGCUUAAUAAUUAAGGUGUUUUGGGUGGUUUUGUGAAUAGGAUAAUGCAUGCAUAUUAGAGUAUGCAUGUCUUUCAUGGUAAAACACUAGGAUUGGCAUCUAUAUAUAUAUAUAUAUAUAUAUAUUCAAGUUAAAGAGGAAAUUAAGAAGAGUAGUGUGCCUGAGCUGCUGCAUGCAGGACAUGGAGAAGAAAUAGGGAUAAUGUAGUAGUGGAGGUGGAGCAGAUCAGGGAUGGGAGCUGCUACCAAUGAUUACAUUUGACUAUUCUUUUUUUCUUCUUAA